AUGGCCGAAGAAGUAAACGAAAGAACGAGACUGCUUUCCCAGUCCGAUGACCCUUCUCCUUCUCUAGAAGAGCUAGAAGAGUGGGAAGAGCCUCGCAAUUGGAAGGUUUCCUACCGCUGGCUAUGUAUUGCCGUGAUUUCAGUUUACGGACUGAUCAGUCCAGUCAUCGCAGCAAUCAUCGUGCCUGCCAUGCCGCAAAUAGCCACAGACUUGAAUGUUACCGACCCAGGAAUGCUGCAAGCCUUCGUUUCUGUUUAUGUCCUCGGCUGGAGCUUUGCACCGCUGGUGGUCGGUCCUUUGUCCGAAGUCUACGGGCGCAUCUCGUUGUUGAAUACCGGGCAUGGCUUGUUUCUUGUCUUUAAUGCCUUAUGCGCGUUCGCUCGUAGUGACUACGAAUUGCUCAUUCUUCGGUUUAUCACGGGCGCCGUUGGUAGCGCUCCACUCUCUAUCGGCGCAGGUAUAAUCGGUGACCUAUGGGCUCCAGAAGAGCGAGGCCUCUCCAUCUCCCUUUACACUUUGGGGCCCCUGCUUGGUCCGGCCAUCGCACCCAUCACAGGUGCAUACAUCGUGUCCCACACAUCAUGGCGGGCAAUAUUCGCCUGGUGCUCGCUUUACAUCCUCAUCACAUGGGUGGUCGGUCUUUGUACACUUCGCGAGACCUUCCGGCCAGUCCUCAUCCAACGCAAACAAGCUGCUGCCGUCCGCAAAGGUCAGCUGCCGGGCUCUGUACAGCACCAUCAUAAGAGUCUAGCAGAUGUAUUCAGACAGGAUCUCCGCCGACCCUUCACCUUCCUCGGAACCCAGCCCAUCAUACAAGUCUUGUCCCUCUUCAUGGGCUAUCUGUUUGGCCUCAACCACCUCUCCAUCACCACAUUCGAGUCUGUCUGGACAGACAUCUACAACCAAACUCCAUCCCGCGCAGCACUAAACUACAUCUCCAUCGCCGGCGGCUUCAUCCUCGGCAGCCAAAUCACAGGCUCCCUCAACGACCGGAUCUACAUCUACUACACCUCCAAAGACCCCGCCAAAGGAACUCCCGAACUUCGAACAAUCCUCAUGCUCCCAGCCGCCCUGCUCGUUCCUACCGGCCUACUAAUCUACGGCUGGUCCGCCCAGACCCACAGCCACUGGAUCAUGCCCAACAUCGGAAUCGGCAUCUAUGCCCUGGGCCUGAUAAUGAGUUACCAAUGUAUUCAGGCCUAUGUGCUGGACUGCUAUGCGGUGUAUGCUGCGUCAGCGAUGGGUGCCCUGACGAUUCUGCGGUCGCUGCUUGGUUUUGUUUUACCGAUUUUGGCUCCCUUGAUCUAUAGGACGCUUGGGUAUGGAUGGGGCAGUUCCUUGUUGGCGCUUUGGGCUUUGGUGAUGGGUGGGUUGGUUCCGAUUUUGCUGUGGCGGUAUGGAGCUGUUUUGAGGAAACGGAGUGGGAUUCUUGAGGAGAUGUAG